CUCCUAUCAUCAACACUCAUGUUCUCAUGCAGACAUCACUGGCUGGGAUGCACCUCUGUGGAAGACGCUUCAUCUGUGUGACGCUGCCAUAGCUCCAUCAAACACAGCAGCAGCAGCAGGUAUUAGCAUGUGAGCUGUUGCCAAGCGGGGAGGGAAAACAUGGAGGGAGCCAGCGUCAUCGCCUUCGUCACCGUUCAGAAGAUCUACUACCCGCUCCUUUGCAUCAUGGGUAUUCCAGCCAACCUUUUCACAUUCUACAUGAUCUGCUUCCGUAAAUGUGGGAUGUCUGACGCUGCCAUCGUUUACCUGAGCUGUCUGGCCAUUGUUGACACGUUCUACCUGGUGUGGGUGAUCCUUAUUGACCUGACCCUCACCUUCUGGCAACUGCAGCCCUUCUGGCAUUCCCACCCCAUGUGCAACAUCCUGGCCUUCCUGCAGUAUGGAUCACUCUACAGCUCCUCUUGGAUAGUGGUGGUGUUCACCAUUGAGCGGUACUUGGUGUUGCGCAGCACAGCGGCCAGGCAGCACUUUUCCCAGGUCCGCGUCACUAGACUGACCUGUUUGGCUAUUGUCCUGGUGUCACAUCUCGUCUCCGUGCCGCUGGGUUGGAUCAAUGUUGUUUCACCUGUGAACUUGACUGUGAGCGGUGAGAACAUGACGCUACCCAGGUGUCAUUACCGCGAUCAGACCUACACAACUAUCAUUGUGUGGAUAACCACCUUCCUCUCAGGGGGAAUACCCAUAGCAUUGGUCAUCGUCUUCAACUACCUCAUCGGGUACCAUCUGUGCCGUGCAAGCAACCUCUUCACUAAGGAGGAGCGUCGGGUCAUGCGCGGGAGGAGCACCAGGGGCAUGUUGAGGAGGACCAUCCUGCUUCUUGGAACUGUCUCCGUUUCAUUUGUGGUGCUCAGCUUGCCCCGCUUUGUCACAUACUGCAUCCUGAGGACCGAGUACAACAAUGAAAACUUUAACAGAGACAACUACAGAAUCCCCAUUAACGUGGCUGGAGACUUGGCCAACAUGCUGCAGAACCUCAACUCCACCACCAACUUCCUGCUCUACUGCAUGGUCAGUCGGCGCUUCAGGCGGGAGAUGGUCCAGGUGGUGACUUGUAAGGGGAAGGCCCGUGAGCUGGGCUCUGUCCUCACCCACACCACCAUGAAAGUCUUCUCUGUUGUAGAUCACAAGGCCAUACUGUCCAGCGACAACCGCCCAGUGGUGCUAACCAACCUCAAACAGACAGAGUAGAACGGAUCCGAAGGAAUGGACAGAAAUCAGACUUUCAAAACUCUUCAAGCUUAAAAGCAUAUUCUUGACUUCGGCAGCUGUGGCUCAGUUGGUAGAGUCAUCACCUUUCAACCAGAAGGUUGAGGGUUCAAUCCCCAGCUGAGCAACAUGUCUGAUGUGUCCUUGGGCAAGACACUUAAACCUGCAUUGCUCCAAAAAGUGUUUGCUAAGUGAAUUGUAACAUUGACUUUGGAAUUUGUAGGUUGACAUAAAAAUCCAAAUUAAAUUCCAAUUAUGACCAUAUGCUGGUUUGUACCUCGGUUGAUCUGAGACACCCAAAUGGAGUCGUUGAUGAAAGGCCCUUGAUGGGAUCCAUACAGUGCAUACAAAAUUUGAAUGGAUCUUACACUUAAAUUGUAAUUAAGCAAUGGAAAAGCUAACAACAUACCCAUGAGCCCAGCCAUACUUUGUUUUUUAGUGUUCCGUUAGCAGAAUGUUUACAUCCGACACACCACUAACGUUAUACCUGCUAAACACCAGCGCAGUGCUGCCAUCGUAAGUGUGACUGAUGCUACAAUAUUUUCUUAUUUUUUCUUAUUUCCCUGUUUUCUAAAGGGGCUAUUUGAUAUGUGCAGAAGUGACCACAAACCCCUCUGACUUUGUUAUGGGAUAUCAGAACUUUAAGUCAAAUUUUCGUUACUUCAGUAAAGUUUUUAGUGGCCAGUGAUGGUCAUAUGCACUCUUGUUUGCCGUGUUGAUAAAAAAGCAUUUUGGGUUGGGGAACUUUUCACUGUAAAACCACAAGUGGCCACUGAGCAAAGUUGUAGGCCCGUUGGCAUGACAGGUUUUAAUUCAGAGUGUAUAAUUAAAACACUGUAAUUUAGUUUGAAGAACCACUUUGCCCACUUUGCUUUGUUAGCAUGGUCAUUUACUUGUUUUGUUAACAGAAGAAUGUACCACUUUUUGAUCCAGUAGAUGUCACCCUUGAGCUCCAGCAUGAAACCAAAACAAACUGCAGUUUGGCCACACCUCCUCCAUACUGAAGCCUCCACUCUCCUCCAGAAACACACAUCCAAUCCCUCUCUACUCGAGUUCGCACAAAGGAGUUAAGCACAAGCGGCAAACAAAAUUGUCCUUUGCUUGAGCUGCAAUUGCUUUUGGCCUGUAUUGUUGUGUUAGCAUGCUAAUGUUAGCGCUCUUUAGUUAGCUCGUAGCUUCACAUUGCAUGUAAACUGAAACAGAAUGAGCGUGAUCUAAAAACUCUUACGUGACAUCAAAAUAAGCAGAGUAUGUUCUUCCUCUAGUCCUUGACUUAAAUACAUUUUAUACACAAGGGGAGGAGCCGGUUGUCCCAUCCAAAUAAACAUGAUGUAAACAAGGGCCUGACAACAGUACAGCCAGCAGGACUCGAGCUUCUCCUUCAUUAUAGACAGUAACACAAGUUGGAAAUUAGCAAUAGCUAUAUACUCUUUAUGCAGUAAAUCAGUUUCAUGCUUUGUAUUGAAACUAUGUUAAAUUGCAUUGUCCCUAUUAAAUGACUCUUUAUUUAUGCUUUAUUUAUUUUAAACAUGUCGCACAUUCUUCCUUUAACAACACAAUAUAAAUAUAUGUAAUAACUGAAUCAACGUGUAUGGACCCUUGUAACAAAGAUUGUGAUCAAAUAAAUAAAAGUUUAAAAGGCCGUAAAAA